AUACCCAAAUGCAUGACUUGUGUGAUUCAUCAAUUUAUUACUUUAUAAAAUUGUCUCUUCUUAGUCUAUGAAGUUAAUGAAAUUUUAAAAAUUAUCCUUAAAUUUGAAAAUUCAUGAUUACAUUUGAAAGUUCUCUAGCGAUUAAAUGAAACGCUUUAAAAGGAUUAAUAUUAUUGAAGGUUUUCAAUUUUGUAGAUUAUAUUAAUAGUUUCAAGGAAUAAAUUGACAGUGGCCUACGAUGUCACAAAAUGUCUGUUUGGAUUGACUUAUUUGAGGUUAUUUACUGAUAUAAACACAUGUGAAAUUGUUUUGGAGAGUUUAUGGAAACAACUUAUGACAUGUCUAUAGGUUGUGUUCAACUGAUUUUCAUAAGCUCUCCACGAAAGCUUAUGAAAAUAGUUUAGAUGAAAACAAUUUGGGUUUAUUUUAUCUUUUAUUAUAGAAAUAGCUUAUAUAUUUGCACUUAUAUGAACACAUGCUAUAUAUUGAGACUCUCUACCUCUAAAUUAUUGACAUAUCUGAACUUUUUUAUUUUUAAUAUUAAGAUGAACAUUUCCUACCAAUUUCUCUUCCUUUUACUCACUGCCAUUUGGUUCAUAUCUCUAACAGCUACUACUAUUCACCCUGAUGAAAAGAAAGCUCUCAAAGAUAUAGCUAACUCACUUGGUAAGAAGGACUGGAACUUUGACAUAGAUCCAUGCAGCAACAAACCUAACUGGGCUACGCCUGCCGUACCUCAUGUUUCAGAUAACAAUGUCACCUGUGACUGCUCUGUUGCUGGUGACAACUUCUGCCAUGUUAUUUCAAUAAUUUUGAUAGCACAAAAUCUCCCCGGCACUCUCCCACCAGAACUGACCAGGUUGCGUUACCUUCAAAUUAUUGACCUCUCUCUCAAUUAUUUGAACGGUUCAAUUCCUAAAGAGUGGGGCUCCAUGAUGAAUAUAACUAAAAUUUCUCUCCUUGGAAAUCGAUUAACGGGUUCAAUCCCCGUGGAGAUUGCAAACAUAUCUACUCUACAAACUUUGGAGUUAUGGAUCAAUCAAAUGUCCGGAAAUCUUCCUCCCGAGCUUGGGAAUCUAACCCAACUUCAAAUAUUGCGACUUUCCUCUAACAAUUUUACUGGAGAACUUCCUAUGACAUUGGCCAAACUCACUAAUUUGCAAGAUUUCCGAAUUGAGGGCAACCAAUUCUCUGGAAAGAUACCUGAUUAUAUUCAGAACUGGACAAGUAUCCAAAAUCUAAUGAUUCAAGGAAGCGGAUUAAGUGGGCCUAUUCCUUCUGGAAUUUCACUUUUGAACUUAACUGACUUGAGAAUUAGUGAUUUGGAUGGAUCUGAAGACGCACCUUUGCCACAACUUAAUAAAAUGACAUCGUUACAAACUCUAAUUCUAAGGAACUGCAACAUCAGUGGAAAACUGCAUGAUUAUCUUGGGACUAUGCCAUUAUUAAAAACAUUAGACCUCAGCUUUAACAAAUUAAGUGGAACAAUUCCGAGUACCUAUGCUGACAUGAAGAAAUCGAAUUACAUAUUUUUAACCGGAAACCUUCUCACUGGUCCUGUGCCGCCUUGGAGAACUAACGUUGCUGUAGAUCUUUCAUACAAUAACUUCAGCAUCAGCCAAGGGAGUCAGAGUCAGAUAUGUCACGAUGAAAAAGUGAACUUGUUUUCUACCACAUGGGCACGCAACAACAUAGGAACAGAUUCAUGUAUGAGCGUUGUAUGUCCCAAACCCUCAUACUCCCUUUAUAUAAAUUGUGGUGGAAAGCAAGUAAUAGUCAACAAAACAAGUUAUUAUGGCGAUUCAGAUUUACCUGGACCAGCUAGAUUCCAUGCCAGUUCGCAAGGAAAUUGGGCAUUUAGCACUACUGGUAUAUUCAUGGAAAGUAAUAUACUUCGAGACAAUUAUUCCCCGCAUAAUAAAACCAAACUUACUAUGGUGGAUGCUGAAUUGUACAUGAAUGCACGUGUUUCUCCUAUUUCUUUGACUUAUUAUGGGUUUUGCCUAGCAAAUGGAAGCUACACAGUAAAUCUACAUUUUGCUGAAAUAAUGUUCACAGACGAUCAAACUUUUGGUAGUCUUGGAAGGCGUAUAUUUGACAUAUACCUUCAGGGAAAGCAGGUGCAAAAGGACUUCAAUAUUGCAGAAGAAGCAGGAGGAGUUGGUAAGAAAGUCAUAAAAUCGUUCAAAGACGUUGAUGUUACUAGUAAUACUUUGGAGAUCCGCCUGUAUUGGGCUGGAAAAGGGACAAUGGCUAUCCCAAAUAAGUCAGCAUAUGGUCCACUUAUAUCAGCUAUAUCGGUGGAAUCUGAUUCUCCACCUGGAAGCAUAUCUGUAGGAGCUGUGUUUGGAAUUGUGGUUGCAGCAAUAAUUAUUAUCAUUCUAGUAUUUGGUAUACUUUGGUGGAAAGGAUGUUUUGGAAAUAAAAACUCAUUAGCAAGAGACCUGAAGAGUUUAGACCUACAAACGGGUUUAUUUACUUUGAGACAAAUCAAAGCAGCAACAAACAACUUUCAUAUUUCCAAUAAGAUUGGAGAAGGAGGGUUUGGUCCUGUGUACAAGGGAUGUUUAUCCAAUGGGACCUUGAUAGCAGUCAAACAACUUUCUUCUAAAUCAAAGCAAGGGAAUCGUGAGUUUUUAAAUGAGAUAGGCAUGAUUUCUGCUUUGCAACACCCUUAUCUUGUUAAACUCCAUGGUUGUUGUGUGGAGGGAGAUCAAUUGUUGCUCAUAUACGAAUACUUGGAAAACAAUAGUCUAGCUCGAGCUUUAUUCGGUCCAGAGGAACACCAAAUAAAAUUAGAUUGGUCAACAAGGCAGAAGAUUUGUGUUGGCAUUGCUAGAGGUUUGGCAUACCUCCAUGAAGAAUCAAGACUGAAGGUUGUUCAUAGGGACAUCAAGGCCACUAAUGUGUUGCUUGAUACGGAUCUAGUUCCAAAGAUUUCUGAUUUUGGUUUGGCCAAGCUUGACGACGAGGACAAGACUCACAUUAGCACGAAAAUUGCAGGGACCUAUGGAUAUAUGGCUCCGGAAUAUGCAAUGCAUGGUUAUUUGACAGACAAAGCAGAUGUUUAUAGUUUUGGAGUUGUUGCCUUUGAAAUCGUUAGUGGAAGGAGCAACACCCUUUAUCGGUCAAAGGAGGAAGCAUUAUAUCUUCUUGAUUGGGCACAUAUGUUGAAAGAGAAAGGUGACUUAAUGGAGCUAGUUGAUAGAAGAUUAGGUUCCGAUUUCAACAAAAAAGAAGCUAUGGUGAUGAUUGAUGUGGCUUUCCUAUGCACCAAUGUCACUUCAAACCUUAGGCCCUCUAUGUCGUCAGUGGUAAGUAUGCUUGAAGGAACGACAGUGGUUCCAGAAUUUAUUUCGGAUUCAAGUGAAGUAAUGAAUGAAAAGAAAUUGGAAGUGAUGAGGCAAUAUUACAAUCAGAUGGAAGAAAAUAAGACAAGUAAGUCACAAACACAAAGUCAGAGUUUAUUAAGUGAUGGGGCAUGGACUGCUACUACAUCUUCAUCAGGUGCAGACCUUUAUCCUGUCCAAAGUGAUUCUUCCUAUUGGGAGAAAAGAAAUUAAGUGUUUUUUUGUUGAUAAAUAAUUGCAUCUGCCACUGUGUCCUGUGAUGAAACCUUGAUGCAUCUAGUACUGUAAUUUGCCCUUUCAAAAAAAAUAAAAAAAAAAUUACUGUAAUUUGCAAUGGAACUUAUAUUUAGGGACAUCUUUUUUCUUUCAAAGGGGACUUAUAUUUAGAGACAAAGUUGUAUUUGAACUCUAUCCUAGUGAGUUAACUUAUUUUUAAAAAUUCUAUUUAUACAUCUGAAUAAAAAAUCAGGACUCCAGUGUUUUCAUUCUAAA